AUGGCCAUAGGCGUGGCUAUUCUCGCCUUCAUCCUCUUCUGCGCAUGGCGGCUGUAUGCCGCCAUCCAGCUCAAGAAGAAGCUUCCCGAGGGCGCGAAGCCUCUUCCAGGACCCAAAGGUCUACCUCUCAUCGGACGUGUUCAUGAUGUACCGGCAGAGGCGGCAUGGCUCAAGUUCUACGAGUGGAGCAAGGAGUAUGGCCCCAUCUACCAGCAAGAGAUGUUCGGAUCCGUCCACGUCUGGAUCUCCUCGGAGCAGGUCGCCCAUGACCUCCUGGGCCGCCGCAACGUCAUCUACUCUGACCGGCCCAUGAUCCCCAACCUCCCGGACAACCGAACGAGCGGCGAUUACCUUGCCCUCCUCGGCAGGACAGAAACAUGGAAGCGCCAGCGCAAGCUCUGCCACCACCUCAUGAACCAGAGUGACAAGCAGGAGCUCCACGACUACCCGACCCGCGAGCGCGAUCGUUUCCUUUGGCUCCUCUCCCAGAAGCCCGGCGAAUACCGCGAGUACAUUGAGCAGUUCACAAGCCGGACCGUCAGCCGUCUCUCCUGGGGCACCGCCCACCCGGCCCGCGUGCUGCGCAAGACGACGUUUGGCCUGCUCGAGACCAUCUCGCCCGCCGGCGCCCUGCCCAACGUCAUCUCGUUCCUCAUGCACGUCCCGGCCGUCCUGUCGCCGUGGAAGAAGAAGGAGAGGAAGCGCCACGAGCUCGAGUCGAGGCAGUUCACGAGCAACGUCGACUUCGUCAAGGACCAGAUCUCGCAGGGCACCGCGCAGCCGAGCUUCAUCGGCACCUUCAUCAACGAGGGCCUCGGCAACGAGAAGGGCAAAUGGGGCGAUCUGCAGGAGGCCCAGAACGUCGUCGGCCUCAUGGCCAUCGCCGGCGCCCUGACCAUCGGCAGCCCCAUCCAGAGCUUCCUCCUCGCCAUGCUGCACUACCCAGAGUGGCAGGCCCGCCUGCAGAAUGAAAUUGACGAGGUCUGCGGGGGCAAAUGCCCGAUGUGGACGGACCGUGAGAAGCUGCCCUUGUUGAGGGCUGUCGUCAAGGAGGUUAUCCGCUGGAGGCCCCCUGUUCCUACGGGUAUCCCCCACGCUGUCGAGAAGGAUGACGUCUACAACGGCUACUUCAUCCCUGCUGGCGCCACGAUCCAUGCCCUUGAGUGGGGUAUCACCCGUGACGAGUCCAUCUACCCGGACCCCGAAUCCUUCAACCCGGACCGCUGGCUUCAACCCGAGUACCCGACGUACAAAGAGCCCCUCACGCGCUUCCCCAACCUCGACGGCUUCAGCCAGUUCGGCUUCGGACGCCGGACGUGCCAGGGUGUGCCCAUCGUCGACCAGGACCUCUUUCUGACCAUGGGCGGCAUGGCCUGGGCCUUCAACAUCCAGCGCAAGCGCAACGCCGACGGCACCGAGGUGCCGGUGCACUGGAACGACUACACGCCGCUGCUGAUCGCCAAGCCGGCGCCCUUCGAGUUCGACGCCGUCGUGCGCACGCCCGAGAAGGGUGAGCUGAUGCGGUCCAUGUUCGAGGCGGCCAAGGAGGAGGAGGAGCACGAGGAGAUGAUGAUGAAGAUGGGCAUGCCCGACGUCGACCCGGUGGAUGCCAAGAAGCAGAGCGCCGCGCCCAUGUCGACCAAGCCGCCGCCGUCGUCUCUGACGAUGAACCUUCGCCAGAGGAAGGAGGAGGGCGAGCACGAGAAGAAAUACCGCGAGCACGAGCGCGACAUCCCCGGGUGCCCCGGCCGGUGGGCGACGGAGAGCGACAUCGACUCGGGAAACGAGAAGGGCUACGUCGAUGAUGACAGCUGCUCCGGGCGUUCGUCGCCGACGACGCUUUCAUAG